AUGAGCGACGACGACGUGUGUUAUGUCGCUUUUUCGGAUGGCUUCCUUGGUCCCACAAUGGCUGGUUGCAACGGAUUGAGACCGUGCAGUACGUGCGAUAAACGGAGUCUGGAGUGUCUGUACACGCCGACAAGCUUGGAAACCGGUUCGCAGGAGCCCCUUGGAUCGCCGUCCAAACGUCGACAUACCGAUAGCUCGCCGAGGGCAAUAAAGUUAGAAUCUGGUCAGACAAUCACGACGCAUACUCCGUUUUUGGCGUCGUGGGAUCAGUCUACUAACAGGUUGGCGAUGAGCCUAGUAGAAAUAGAACCGUUUGAGCCGAACCAAAAGAAGCUCAUGGCAACAUCGCGCCACUUGCUCACGAGCAACGAACGCGAGUUCGAUACUCGUUCACGGAUCAGUAAUGUCAGCGGAGCUGCAGAUGAAUUUACAGUCAUGUUUUUACCCAGAAUGCUUCAGGAUAAAACGGGAAGACUACAGUAUGUCGGCGAGUCUGGAAGUCUCGCUUAUUUGCAGUUGAUUCGGAUAAUCGUUGAAAGCGUUUAUGGGCCAUCUAGCUUCACCGAUGAUCCUGAAAGACACAACUUUGUGGAGAAUAGAAUCGAGCUCCCGCCAGGCACGAGGCCAACUGGGGUCCUCCCGGACCGAAAGACAGCUGACAUAUUAGUCGAAUCGUUUUUUACAAAUACGUCGGGGCUUGUGGAAGUUUUCCAUAAAGCAGACUUCCUCCAGCAAGUGGAGGAAUGCUAUAGCGAUCCUUUAAACACUAGCUCGUCAGACCUGUGCUUACUGAACCUGGUUUUCGCUAUUGGCCUGGUUAUCGCUCGUCCGUUGCAGGGGACUAACGAGGCAACCGUUAUUCAAGACUUACACUCUGAACCUGCUAAUCGUGCCGAAUUGUUCUUUCGAAACGCCAAAACCCACGGACCGGAUUCGGGAUUCGAAGAUGCGGACUUCUGGUCCAUUCAGGCCCUUAUCCUCAUGUCCCUUUAUACGCUAUCUAUCUCUAACAGAAAUGCGUCACACGCAUAUCACGGAAUGGCAGUGCGAUCUGCGCAGGCUCUGGGACUACAUAGGGAAGAGAGCAUGCCGGUAUUUAAGCCGCAUGUUAUACGUCUUCGAAGAAACGUGUGGAAGACGCUAUUCGUCCUCGAUCGUAUCCUUGCAGCGAGUCUUGGACGUCCGAUAACAAUAUCGCUAGAAGAUUGCUCUGACUACGUGCUGGACCACUCGAUAGGCACUACAACCGACGAGCACAUGAUGAGCGAGAUAACAGAUCCAGAAGCGCUGGAUGCUGCUGUAAAAAAUUGCUAUAUAAUUGGAUUAACACUUAAGAAGAUUUACGCGGAAAGAAAGGCGUCAACUCCCGUUGCGCAAGAAAUUGCAGAUCGCCUCGAAGAUUGGGAACGGCAACUCCAUGGAAAUCUUCAUUGUCAACGACUGAUAGAUGCCUCCAUCGACUCAGCACAGGCCAUUGCUUCCCUACAUAUCAACCUCCUACACUGCCACUCCGUGCUACUCCUAACAAGGCCAUUUUUUCUAUAUCUCCUCAAGAUGGGUUGUGAUGACUUGUCUAGGAGUUCUAAGAAAUCGCCCCACGUCAGUUCAAGACUGGACAAAUUUUCUCAGGCUUGUGUGGAGGCUUCACAGCGUACGAUAGUUCUGGCUCGAGCGGCAUUGGAUGCCGAAUACUUGCCUCAGUGCAACCCAUUCGUGAUAUACUUCGUUUUCUCGGCCGCUCUCAUUAUCUUAAGUAAUGAGUUUGCAUCACUGUACCAUAACCCUGAUGCGGAUAAGUCGAUUAGCAGCGCUUUGAUUAUUCUCCAGUACUGUAAGGAGAUGGAUGCUCAGGCGGAAAGAGUCCUGGAUAUUAUUGAAAAUUUCCAUCGUGCCAACAUGGAAAAACAGGAUACGGCGAAAAAAAUAAAUUUACCUGGCCGGAAGAUACCGACUAUGUUGCAUACGUUCCAGUGUGACACGAUACCUCCAUUUUUCCAUACCAUCAAAGCUGAACAGCAGGAAUUCUACACGAACGAUGUGGCACCGACAAAAGAGCGCCAGAUAGCUGGUUUUUCGGCGUCGAAUUUGGAACAGACUAUGAGACCGAUGAUGGCGCCAAUGCUUCAACAACCUAGUCCAGAAGGAAGUGUGUCAUUGAAUAGCGGUAUUGCAACCGCGAGCAUGGCCCCGGGAAUGGAAGCCCUUGGCAGCAAUGACCCGGAAUUUGAUUUAGAAAGCUUAUGGCAAGGCUGGCAACAUCAUCCGCCUACUGGUAGUAUGGGUAUCCCACCACCCUUGCACCAUAUGGAGCAAUUUGGAUCUUACGGACUUCAUCAGCCGCCGAUGCCGCACGGGAACAGUCUUAAUUCCCAUGUACAGCCAUUUCCGCCGUCGAAUUUCCGCUGA